AUGGACACCAAGAGCGCGAUAGCUGCACGGCACAGUAAACUCUACAUCGACACCAUGAUUUUUCAGGUAGAUAACGCCAUCUUCAAAGUACCAUCACGCUAUUUCCACGAGAAAUCAGAAGCCUUUGGAAUAGCAUCGAAAAUAUCUGCUGAAAAUUUGAAUGGGGAAGGAUCGUCGGAUGAGAAUCCUAUCAAGCUCUCUCCGUUACCUCAUGAUGCAAACGCAGAGGAUUUCGAACUUCUUGUGAACGUUAUCAUGUCGUUCACAUUCAACUUACCUCCUCCAACGGGUUACACUCUCUGCCAGUGGUUUGCAGUCCUUAAGCUGGCAACUGCUUGGGAAUUUUCCGAUAUACGAACUCUGGCGAUGAAGUCGAUCACAGAUGACAAGACGAGGAUAUAUGACCAAUGGUUCGGAAUUUUCGUAUCUUGCUGGAACCUCGAGGGUUUCACCGAACUACGCGAACUAGCCAUCACCCGUGUUUCCGGGUUACAGAAAUGGAGCGCGAUGCAGAAGAUCAAUAACGGACGUUGGUAUUGUGUUCGACGGUGGGCUACGGAGGGACUGAAGGACUUGGCUGAAGCUCCUAGCCUUCCAUCUUUUCAGGAAAUCGAAAGUUUGGGUUUGCACACCGUGGUGAAUUUCAUGUUGCUGCGAGAGGCGGUUUUGAAGCGAUGCACGCAUUGUGCCAGCGGGUAUUCCCGUGUUUUGAGGUGUUCUAAUUGUGAUUCUACGGUAUCAACCCAGGCCAGGUGCAACCUCGUUCUAGUCGAGAAGUAUUGUGCCCAAGAGCUCUCACAAAUCGAACUGUAAAUACCUAAGUACAUUAUGACCUCCGCCUGUAAAUCUUGUUCGUUCGCCAGAUUACAAAUAUUUACAAACACCCACGACAGGAAUGGGC